AUGAUUGUGAUUGGUUGGAUACUUUUUGUCGGACUUGCGUGUUAUCUGGGGACAUUUCCUGAAGUGAUGCAUCCAACCCUAAAAUGGAUAGAGAGACAACCUGUCCAGCCUAUUCGUGAGCGCAAAAGUCGACUAAGGAAUGUGCUUUUGGAUGAAGACAAGGACAUGUUAGAUGACUAA